UCUCUAAAGUAUCAGAUAUCACUGCGAUAAGUGAACGCUAGUGGUAUCGUGCAAAUCAGUAAAUACAAACUCGCAGUAGACGCAAGUCGCAUCAUGUCGAUAAUAAUCCACAAAACUGAUAUCAGCCCACCGGCCCGCGCAACUUUGAUAGUUGCCGACUUACUCGGCCUCAAAAUCGAGACCAGAGAAAUCAAUUUGCCAACGAGAGAACAAUUCAAACCGGAUUAUGUGGCAAAGAACCCGCUACACACAGUACCAUUAUUAGAAGACGGUGACUUUAUUCUACCGGACAGCCAUGCCAUCAUGACGUACCUGGUCUCCAAGUAUGGGAGUGAACAACAGACUUUGUACCCUAAAGAUGUGAGAACAAGAGCUAUAGUCGACCAGCGCUUAUACUUCGAUGCUUCGAUACUCUUUCCGAGACUUCGAGCAGUUAUUUACAGUGUUGUGAAGUUCAGAGCUCCGGGACCCAAUGAGGUUCAGAUUGCGGAUAUUGUGGAAUGCUAUGAAGUGACGGAGAAGUACCUUGAAGGGAAGACUUAUAUUGCAGGGGAAGGGUUUACUUUGGCCGAUAUUUCGUGUGUGGCGACAAUAUCUGCGUUGGACUGCAUUGUUGCUGUUGACAAAAAGUAUGCGAAACUCCAUGCUUGGUGGGAACUUCUGCAGAAGGAAGAUUGGUAUCAGAAGAUCAAUGAACCCGGAUUGAGACAGUUUGAUCGUUUUAUCAAACAGUUUAUUUAAAAUGUUAAAUAAUUAAACCUAUUUAGUAAUAGUAAAAA